GUCUGAAGCCGGCGCCAAUUUUUGUCCAGGAUAAGGUUACUUCUCUCCUUGGCUUUGUGGCUUCCGCGGCCUCUCUCCUCUCUUCCCCCGGCUCCAAGAGAGAGAGAGAAGAGGAUUCAACUUAAUCAACCCUAGCAAUGGCUACACUUCAAGCUUCACUUCUCUGCAAACCUUGCCUCUCAUUCAUGUCUUCCUCGCCCCCAAAGCAACGACUUUUUCACUCUAUCUCUUCGGCACCUCACCACUCCUCUCUUUUCCCUUUCAAUCCGCUUAGCCUCUCACAGCCUUCCGUCCGUGCAUUUAGUUCAAAUUUUCGCAAGUUUCCAUUUCGCCCGCGCGGUCCACCUGCCUCUUUCACAUUUCGACCUGAGAACGAAACUUCGUGGUCAGAAUCGAAUUCUUUGGGAGAUAUUUCUAAUUUAACUGGCAAGGAUUCGGAUGUCAAUGAAAAUGUUGGGGGGCGAUUAUAUGUUACGGGAGACAGUUCGGUUUCAGAUUCAAAACAACCGAGCGUCGACGGAGUUGAUGCUGGAAGCUCUCAGAUUGAGUUGCAGGGUGAUGCUGGGGAGUUAACUUCGGAGGCUGCUGGAGGGGGAAGUGAGAAACGCGUAGAACGGGAAGAAAAGAGUACACAUGUGGGGGAAAAGGAGGUUGGCGAUAGAUUGCCGAUAGUGGUGUUCUUGGUGGGCCUGUGGGCGAGGGCGAGGGAUGUAAUUCAGAAGGCUGUCACUGAUUUCUUAAAUUGGUGGCCUUUUUGGCGGCAGGAGAAACAUUUGGCGCGCUUGAUUGCUGAGGCUGACGCAAAUCCUCAAGAUGCGACAAAGCAGAGUGCUCUACUUGUUGAACUCAACAAGCACAGUCCGGAGUCUGUCAUCAAACGUUUUGAAGAAAGGGAUCGCGCUGUAGACAGCAGAGGAGUUGUAGAAUAUCUUCGAGCUCUUGUGGCAACUAAUGUUAUUGCUGAAUAUCUUCCUGAUGAGAAAUCUGAUAAACCCUCUAGUCUCCCGACCCUGUUGCAAGAGUUAAAGCAGCGGGCAUCAGGUAACAUGGAUGAGCCUUUUCUGAAUCCUGGAAUCUCUGAGAAGCAGCCGUUGCAUGUGGUUAUGGUUGAACCAAAGGCAUCAAACAAAUCACGUUUUGCGCAAGAACUUAUCUCAACAAUCUUGUUUACUAUUGCUGUGGGAUUGGUUUGGUUUAUGGGGGCUGCUGCACUCCAAAAAUACAUUGGAAGCUUAGGUGGGAUUGGAACUUCAGGUGUUGGCUCAAGUUCCUCCUAUUCCCCAAAGGAGUUGAAUAAGGAAGUGAUGCCAGAGAAGAAUGUCAAAACAUUCAAAGAUGUGAAAGGCUGCGACGACGCAAAGCAAGAGCUUGAGGAAGUUGUGGAGUAUCUAAAAAAUCCAUCUAAAUUCACACGCCUUGGAGGAAAGUUGCCUAAGGGUAUUCUCUUGACAGGAGCACCUGGAACUGGAAAAACUCUGCUAGCCAAGGCAAUUGCUGGCGAAGCAGGUGUUCCUUUUUUUUAUAGGGCUGGAUCUGAAUUUGAGGAAAUGUUUGUUGGGGUUGGUGCUCGACGAGUAAGAUCAUUAUUUCAAGCAGCCAAAAAGAAGGCUCCCUGUAUUAUUUUCAUUGAUGAAAUAGAUGCGGUUGGAUCAACAAGGAAACAGUGGGAGGGCCACACAAAGAAGACGUUACAUCAGCUACUUGUGGAAAUGGAUGGCUUUGAGCAGAAUGAGGGAAUAAUACUAAUGGCGGCUACAAACUUGCCAGAUAUUCUUGAUCCAGCCUUAACAAGGCCUGGUAGAUUUGAUCGACAUAUUGUAGUACCAAAUCCAGAUGUACGUGGGCGCCAAGAAAUUUUGGAGCUCUACUUGCAAGACAAGCCUUUAGCUGAAGAUGUAGAUGUGAAACCAUUAGCUCGUGGGACACCAGGAUUUAAUGGGGCAGAUCUUGCAAACCUGGUAAACAUUGCUGCCAUUAAAGCUGCUGUUGAAGGUGCAGAGAAAUUGACAGCUGCACAGUUGGAGUUUGCGAAAGACAGAAUAAUCAUGGGAACAGAGCGUAAAACAAUGUUCAUAUCAGAGGAGUCAAAAAGGUAUCUUACUGCUUAUCAUGAGAGUGGACAUGCAAUUGUUGCCUUCAAUACUGAGGGUGCGCAUCCAAUUCACAAGGCAACAAUCAUGCCACGUGGAUCUGCCUUAGGAAUGGUCACCCAACUCCCCUCAAAUGAUGAGACGUCAAUCAGCAAGAAGCAGUUAUUAGCACGCCUUGAUGUUUGCAUGGGAGGAAGGGUUGCCGAAGAGCUUAUCUUUGGUCAGGAUCAUAUAACAACCGGCGCAAGUAGUGAUCUUCAUACAGCAACUGAGCUUGCCCAAUAUAUGGUCUCAAAUUGUGGUAUGAGUGAUGCGAUUGGACCAGUUCAUAUAAAGGAGAGACCAAGUUCUGAAAUGCAAUCACGAAUUGAUGCGGAGGUUGUGAAACUCCUUAGAGAAGCAUAUGACCGUGUAAAAGCCCUCUUAAAGAAGCAUGAGAAGGCAUUACAUGCGCUGGCUAAUGCAUUAUUAGAGUACGAGACACUUAGUGCCGAAGAGAUAAGGAGAAUUCUUCUCCCACACCGGGAAGGACGGUUGCCAGAGCAAGAAGAACAAGAAGCAGAAGGGGAGCUAGUCCUAGCCUGAUAUUUUUUUUUUCAUCUUAUUUGUAACUAGGGGGAAGCUCUGUACAGUAUACCUGGAAGUCCUACAGGUAUUAAUCUCAAUCCAAUUUCUGCUGUUUCCCUUCUUUGUGCAUACUAUUUUUUUGUCGUUAAAUUCUUAUAGAAAGUAAGCUAUAUCUCUUGGAGCAUAUUUGGCACAAGUAGCCUUCCGCAAAAUGACAAUACUCAACGGUCACUUGUUAGAUUAUUACCCUUCUUUUUUGGGUGAAAAAACUGUGGAAUUUGUAAAAUCUUGCUGUCUAAAGUGGUUUAUGAAUUUAUUAUUUAUUCUGAGACCCGAGUGUGUGUUGGCAAGCUUGAGUCGUCACUUCAAGAAUGGAAGAAUAGACUUCAACCUCCCAGUCUCCAAGAGCACUGAUGAAUUGUAUCCCUAAGAUUGAUGGGGAUUUUGGCGGGGCAAUAGCGAGAGUUUUGAACGGGCGGCACGUUUAGUCUUAAAGCAAAGUCGCCUGUUUGCAGGCCCCAAGAUUCCAGUCACCAUCUGUCACCAAAAGACACUAUGGCUCCUGAACUUUGGCAAAUGACAAGCAUGUCCUAUUCUUA